AGUGGCUGUCGUCUGCUCGUUAGGGGACCGCAUAACCCCUUGGUGGUGUUGCAUUCAAUCACAAACGGACUUACUUUUGUCGUUUUCGAAAGAAUACGGGUGGAUACUCCACAAAUUUCACUCAAGUUUCAGCUGUUUUUUGAAGACUAUCCAAGUGGCCUGCUUUUUUAACUUAACCAUGAGUUCCCUUGGCAUAUUUAUGUCUGUUCAGAGAACAAUUUUGAGGCCAUGCAGACAAUUGUCAAUUGCUCGAUGUACUUAUGGAAAUUCUGCAAUUUUGGCUCGUGCUGCUAUAAGUUCUCCCAUUGAUGCCCUGAAACCCAACCAUAAAGGGUAUCCUCUAGUUGUAGUGCACAGAGAUUAUGCCUCCAAGAAAGGUGGAAAAAAGAGUAAGGGUGGGGCUCCAGUAAAUACACAUGGCCUUAACGAACACAUUGACACUGAUGUAAUGACUCAACAAAUGGAAAGUGCCGUAGAGACAAUGAAAACUGAAUUUGUGAAAAGUUUAUCACUGAGAUCGGCAGGGUCAGUGGAAUCCUUCAAAGUAAAAUAUGAAGGUAAAGAAUAUGAACUUCAGCAGAUAGCAAAGAUGACAAGGAAAGGACAGCAAACUAUUGUUGUGGAUAUGUUAUCAUUCCCUCAGAUGACUAAAGCAGUAAUGGAUGCCCUGAAAACAUCAGCAUUGAAUUUAAAUCCUCAACAGGAAGGCACAACGAUCUUUAUUCCAAUCCCUAAAGUGACCAAGGAACACAGAGAAAUUCUUGCCAAGAAAGCCAAAGCUCUAUUUAUAACAUGUCGAGACUCAAUAAAGCGAAUUCAAGAGAAUAACAUAAAAGAACUUAGAGAAAGUCCCAUGCCAGAUUCUGAAAAACAAACUGCAUAUAAACAGGUCAGAGCAAUCGCAGACAAGUAUGUUGCCCAAUCAGAAACGAUGAUGAAAGGAAAACAAGAUGAACUUUUAGGAAAAUGAAUUUGUAACUAAUGAGACUGAAUAUAUUUUCUGGUGUAAGAGAUUA